UCUGUCACCUAAACAAAUGAUCAAAAGAACUACAGCUGUAAGAGGAACUGCUUGGAUAUAUUCACACUAUGUUAAUUGAAGAGCGUAUACUAACACUUUUCAAAAGGAACUGUCAACAUACACUGACAUACUGGAGUGUGUUCUUCAGCUUUGGAUUGAGCAUAGCCUUUCUGGGGCCUACAAUCCAAGAUCUGAAAUACCAGACUGGCUCCACGUUACAGGAGAUCACCUGGGUGUUCUUCUCCCAGCAAUUCUGCCUACUCAUCGGCAGCUCGACUGGAGGAGCUUUCACAAAAACGUUGUUCGGGGCCCUCAUCGCUCUCUUCCUCUCCGCCCUCAUCAUCUCUGUGGUUUUUGCUAUAGUACCACUUUGCUAUAAUGUGCUGUUGCUGGCGAUUGCCAUGGGAGUGUCAGGUCUGGCGAUGGGAAUAAUCGACACGAUUGCAAACAUCCAACUGGUGGCCAUUUAUAAGAAAGACUCUGCUAUCUUUCUACAGGCACUGCACUUCUUCAUUGGGCUCGGUGCUCUGGUGAGCCCCCUGAUUGCAGACCCUUUCAUAUCAGAGCACUACCUGGGCAGAAAUAGCACAGAAAAUGCCACAGAGAUAAUUCACCACUUCAGAUCCAGCUUCAGGUCACCUGUAAUCCUUUCUGAGAAUUCCCCGCACUCAGAGCCAGUGGAUGGGAAGACCAAUGUGGCGUAUGCCUUCUGGAUCAUGGCUCUCAUAAAUUUGCCUGUGCCGAUCGCUGUUUUUGUGUUAAUGUACCAAGAGAAGCUGCUUCCCUUCUGCCCAAAUAGCAAACCACGACUACUGGACAAAGAUGAGCUGGCCAUGGAGACUAAACCACCAGAAAGCACAGAAAUAUCUGAACCAGACGAUGCAGUUUCUCAUCAUGGAGGACAUGGAAACAUCUUCAGCUGCUGUAUGAAUGGUAGCCUGCGUGGGUUACCAGUCACAUUUUUUGGUAUCCACAUCUUAGGCGGUUUGGUGCUAUUCAUGACGGAAGGCAUUAUGGGGGUCUACGCCGGCUUUGUUUAUACAUAUGCUGUUUCAGCUCCCAUGUCUCUGCAUGCUAAAAUGGCAGCAUACCUGAACUGUAUCUUUUGGGCAGCCGUCACUGUUGGACGACUGGUGUCCAUCCCGCUGUCAUACCGCUUCAGAACUGUGCAUCUGCUCAUCGUGAACCUGGCUGGUGUGGUUGUGACAUUGCUGCUGUUAAUGAUCCUCUACACAAAUAGAGUGUUUCUGUUUGUUGGGACGACCUUGCUUGGGCUUUUCAUCAGCAGUGUUUUCCCCUGCAUAGUGGCCUACACUGAGGACAUCCUAGAGUACCGCGGAUGUGCAUCAGCAGUCUUAGUGACGACUUCUGGAAUGGGUGAGAUGACGUUGCAGGUUUUAGUUGGAUCACUAAUUCAGAAAAAGGGCACUUACAGUUUUUUGGUGUGUGGUUUGGUCAUCGGAUGCCUUGGAUUCAUCUUUCUUCUCAGCGUGAUCCUGUGCAACCACAUCCACAGAAAACUCACAGGAGCAUCUAAAAAAGCAGCCAUGGUCGAAGCGCCACCAGCACCUGCUCUACCUGCUUCAGAGAAAGCAGCACUAGAACAGAAAGUUUCUGUAAUACAAACCGAAUCAAUUAAAUGUGACUCUGGAUGAGACCAUUAAUGGGUCAUAACCAGCUGGAAAUACUUCACAAUUCAAGUGUAAACAGUCUAUGUGCUUUCAUUAUAAUAUUUGUGUAAAAAAACAACAAAAACUCUACAUAGUGAUGCAAUAUGUUUUUUAUGUAUUUCUGCUAAGUUUGGUAUUGCUAUAUAUGUAUUUUUUGUUUGUUUGAUACGCAGAUAAUCCAGACUGUUAAAUUAUUAAUAUUAUUGGAACAGAAUGUGAGAAAUAUUUAAUUACAGAAGGGGAACUAAGUAAUUUAUGGCAUAAAAAUGUAUAAAGUUUUGUACUUUACCUAAGACUGAAAAUCAUUAACACAAAAUUUAAUACCAGAUUAAACUCUUAAUUAAUAAUUCACCACCCUGAAGAAGAAAUUCCUAGAACUUUCCUAGUUAUUCAAAACAGUUUUUAUCUUGGUUAAACUGGUUUUGGGCUGGAAGGUUCAUGGAGUAUCCUACUAUAUUCAUGUGAAAACAAAUAAUCUCAUGAUGACUAAUGCAAACAGUUAUUUAAAAUAAAUUAUUGUUCACCAUGUCAUCAACAUCUUUUGCAAACUUCAUGUGUUCUGCCAAAAUAAAUACAGCAUGUGUGCUUUGGACAAAUUAUGAUUGAGGUCACAUGCUGAAUAACUCUCACUCCCAUGUUGAUCUAAACCUGUAUCACUUUUUUAUUCUCUACAAUUUAAAACAUUUUGUACAGUCCAAAACAAUAAAGGCCACUGUUGUCUAA